CCUAUACUACUAAAUAUGUGUCAGUAUGAUGUGCAGACUACAUUCUACAGUGCAUUGAUCUAGCGUGGGUGUUUAACCUCUGUUACGCUCGCCGAAGUAUCAUAUAAUUUUGACACACGCAGGUCUAUUAUUGUUUGAACUUAUUGAAGAUUACAAUAAAGAUACCAUUAUUACUUCAAAUUAUUUGUUUGUUUUAAAUAAUGAUGUUACACAGAUUUUUCAAACAUAAUAAAUGGAAUCAAGAUUUAUUACAAAAUAGAUUGUUGUUAUGGAAUUCUCAACGAAACUGUUCAAAAAAACCAAAAAAAGUGUAUCCCAAGAAAAUAUUUUCUGGUAUCCAACCUACUGGUACAAUGCAUUUAGGUAAUUAUGCUGGUGCUAUUAAAAAUUGGGUUGACUUACAAAAUAAGGGUGAAGAUGUCAUUUGGAGCAUUGUUGAUAUGCACUCCAUUACAUUACCAUAUAAUCCAAGCGAGCUUAAGGAAAAUGUUUUUAAAUUAACUGCUACGUUAUUGGCAUGUGGAAUUGAUCCAGAGAAGAGUAUACUUUUUCAACAAUCUUCCAUACCAAUGCAUGCAGAAUUGAGUUGGAUUUUUGCUUGUCUAGCUACUAUGCCUCGGUUAUCUCAUCAACCUCAAUUCAAAGAAAAAAGUGAAAAAUUAAAAGAUGUACCAUUGGGUUUAUAUAUUUAUCCAAUUUUACAAACAGCAGACAUAUUAUUAUACAAAGCUACUCAUGUACCUGUUGGAGAUGAUCAGUUGCAACAUAUUCAACUGUCUGCACAUUUAGCACAAAAAUUUAAUUCUACAUAUGGUGAAACAUUUGCUAUGCCACAAGCAAUAUUAAAUAGCACUGGUAGAAUAAAGUCAUUGAGAGAUCCUACAGAAAAAAUGUCCAAAUCAAGUAAUAAUGUGAAAAGUCGAAUUGACUUGACAGAUACUCCUGACAUUCUUUUAAAUAAAAUAAAAAAAGCUGUUACUGACUUUAAGUCUGAAGUUACCUAUGAACCUGACUCACGACCAGGAGUUGCUAACUUAAUAAAUAUACACUCCCUAAUAAGUGGAAAAACUCCGGAUGAAAUAUGUACAGAAGCACAAAAUCUAGAUACUGGAAAAUACAAAUUGUUGCUAGCUGAUCUUGUCAUUGAGAAACUUAAUCCUAUAAGAAAGAGAAUAGACGAGUACCUUCAGGAUUAUAAUUAUUUGCAGCAAGUUUUACAAAUUGGAGCUAGUAAAGCGGAAACUAUUGCUAUGACUAAUUGGCUUGAAGUUAGAAAUAAAGUUGGUUACGGAGUUGAUACAUUAACUUCAAAUGUUCACAAGUUACACUUGAAAUCUUAAGUAUUAAAAUGUUUUUAGUCAAAUUGAUAUUUUAUUGUAAAUAAGUGUUUUUUACAAAUAUAUUUUUGAAAAAAAUA